AAAUGCCCGGCAAAACACACUACUGUUCACCAGGUCACCUCCUAAAAGGUGAAAUCACCUCAAAUCUUCAAAUAAAAAGUAGAAUAACUCAAAUCCUACUUCAAAGAAAUCUCUACUCCCAAGCAUAAUCAGAUUUACAAAAUCUACGUCCCUUACCAUAUAUUUAUUCGGUUGCGGAGCUUGAAACUGGGAGGCCAUGGGGAAGUUUAUGGGAUUUUGGAGUGUAAUUUUUGUUGGGUUUUUCCUAAGCAAAUGGGUUGUUAAAAGCUUUGAAUUCGAUGAGUUUUUCGAUAAUAGAACAGAAGUGUCAUUCGUGGAAUCCAUGUCCUUGUUGGAGUCCGUGUAUGGAGUUUCAGCUGCAGCAGCCCCUCCUAAUGCUCUCAUGGUUGGUCUUACACUUGUUCAAGGAGCUGCUGCUAAAGGCGCUGUAUGUUUGGAUGGAACUUUACCUGGCUACCACUUCCAUCGCGGGUUCGGGACUGGAUCAAGCAGCUGGCUCAUUCAGUUGGAGGGUGGAGGGUGGUGUAACAGUAUUAGAUCCUGUGUUUACCGGAAAAAGACACGCCGUGGGUCGUCGACAUAUUUUGAGAAGAUAAUUCCAUUUACAGGGAUACUUAGCAACAAGGCUCAAGAAAAUCCAGGUCAAUUUGCAAAGAAACUUCUGAAAAUUCUACUCUGUCAUGCUGAGAUUUCAACGCCUAGUGACAGUUUUAUUAAUCAAGAAACUUCAUCUUGUGACACUUGUGGUUCAUGUGUUGUAUUCCCUUUGAUACGUGCCUUGUUUCAGGCCUUGCUCUCUGGAUGCUCUGCUGGUGGUCUAGCUUCUAUCUUACACUGUGAUAAGUUUCGGAAUCUAUUUCCAGGAAGAACCAAAGUGAAGUGCUUGAGUGAUGCUGGAUUAUUUAUGGACGUCAUUGAUGUAUCUGGUGGACACACGAUUAGAAAUUUCUUUGCCGGUGUAGUAAGCUUACAGGGUGUCCAGAGGAAUCUGCCAAGCACUUGUACCAAUCAUCUGGAUCCAACUUCGUGCUUCUUCCCUCAGAAUUUAAUUGCCAACGUCAGAACCCCUCUGUUCAUUCUCAAUGCUGCUUAUGAUUCAUGGCAGGUCCAAGAAAGCUUGGCUCCUUCGGUAGCUGAUCCUCGUGGUAAUUGGCACGACUGUAAAAUGAACAAUGCACGAUGUUCAUCAUCCCAAAUCCAAUUUCUGCAAGGUUUUAGGGCUCAUAUGAUGAAUGCAGUAAAAGGCUUUGCCAAAUCUAGACAAAAUGGGUUAUUCCUAAAUUCAUGCUUUGCUCACUGCCAGUCCGAGAGGCAGGAUACCUGGUUUGCGGAUGAUUCUCCAGUAAUUGGGAACAAGGCUGUUGCAAUAGCUGUCGGAGAUUGGUACUUUGACAGAGCAAGUAUCAAGGCCAUUGACUGCGCAUAUCCAUGUGACAAAACUUGUCACAAUCUGGUUUUCAGAUGAACCGGGUUUUAGUUUUGGCCUUCUAUUCUUAGCUAAUUAAUUUAAUCAUCAUGAUGAGCAAUCUUCAUCUUCAAUUUAUUUAUAAUUUAAGUAAAUACAUUGAUGAAAAUAAGUCUACAAUUGCUUUAAAAUUUUCGAGUCUUUGAUGUACUCCAUAUGUACGCACUCUGUAAGAUAGAAAAAAAAAAAGGAAAGUCAGGAAUCAAGAUUUACAACCUAGUGCCGAGCGUUCAAUUAUUUUGAUAUGUUCUUUUUACUGUUGAGCUGUACUAAAUUUUUGAUAAAGAACCAUCGGAAUCUGAGGAUCGACAUUCAUUCA